AUGAUAUAAGAUCGUUCGAUUAACACUUAAAAUGAAAAUAAUGAUGAAGUGUUAAAUAAAACAGAUGAGAACGUUUCAUAACUUUUAAAAAAGGAUUAAAAAAAGGAGAAUUAAAAUUCUUCUGUAAAUAUAAAAUAUCACUCAAUAUAUACAUCAUGCAAGUACGCUAAACCAAAUCCUACAUAAUUCAGAGAAUAAGCUAUAGUUUCUAGUUUAUUUUUGUAAUAACUAAUGUAUUUUAACUCCUUUUAUACAUUUAUUCAUGGAUACUUUCUGUAUUUUAGCAUCUUUUAUAAGUUCAAGGUUUGUGAUAAUAUACUAGGAUGUAUUAUAUAAUUAGUUAUCUUAACAAUAUGGGCACUAUUUGAAUUUUUUCGCUUAAAUAAUGGAUACUCGGGAAAUAUUAAUGAAACAUUUCCUGAAUUUGUUUCAUUCAUUUUGUUAUCGAUAGCAAAUAUAAUACUGACAAUUGGUUUUGUUGUAAUAGCAUAGAUUAUUUUCAAGUUUUUCUUUCCUCUAGAAGUUAUAUGUGUAGUUAUUGAAGUAUUGUUUCUAGUUUUAGAAUUGAUAGUCUGCUUCAGUUCUAUCAGUGAUAUUGUUAAAGCUUAACUCUUAAAUCGUAAAUAUAAAAAGCAAAAGCAAAAAAAUAUAGAAUUAGAACCUAUGGGAUAUUAUGAUGAUGAAAUAGAUGAUAUAGAUGAAAAGAAGCCAUUUGGAAGAGCUAAUAAUUACAAUUCUAACUAUUAGAGUGGAGAUUUAGUAAGUAACUACUAACAAUAUGAAUAAAAUGUUUAUUAAACUAAUCCAAAUAUGAAUUAUAAUUCCAAUUAUAACAACUAUGAUCAAAGAGAAGUAUCUAGAAGGAUACCUGAUGAAAAUGUAGAUCCUUAAGCAUAAAACUAUGCAGCUUAUUAAUAUAAUUCUGCAUAAAGAAAUUAUUGA